UAUUAUACCCAGACGGCAUGUUCACUUGUUUGUUUCAUACUGUGUCAGAAGUUGUUGAAUAAAAGACACGUAUGCGAUACUAACUUAAAACUAUAAUGGAUUUAAAAAAAUACUUUAGUUUUAAAAAUCAAUACUUACGGUGUUGCGACAUUAUUCUUUAAUUUUUGCACAUAAGUGUACUUAAAUAAUGGAUGGCCCCCCAGGUCCGCCCUGGUUUUUUUGGUUAUUUGUGGCAUUUAUUGCUUCGGUUGGAUUUGGAAGUUUCCUCAUGGCAAUCAUUCGAGCGUGCCAAACCUGCUGUAGCGACCAGUCUAAGCCUCACUUGAACCAGACCCGCAGAGGCCGUUACGUGACCAACAGACCUUCAGACAUGGAGAGUGGUUUUAGCCCCGGCAUUGACGCGCCACCAGCCUACGAUGACGUCAUGUUCAGCGGUGGUGACAGUUGGGGAGGCGGUGACACCGGCGGUUGUGACCCUGGAGGUGGUGAUAGUGGCGGCGGUUGUGACACUGGAGGUGGUGAUAGUGGCGGUGGUUGUGACAGUGGGGGUGGCGGUGGUUGUGACAGUGGGGGCGGUGGUGGUUGUGACAGUGGGGGCGGUUGUGACAGUGGUGGAGGAGGAGGUGGUGUUGAUUAGUAUUUUUAAGAAUAUAUUUCUAUUUUGUAACUUUAUUUAUGGUAUAAAUAGUCCGUGUACAGGCACAACAUGUUUCAUCACACAGAAUGAAAUAAACUAGACAGGCCAAUUCGAAAGGACAUUUAUCACUCGUGUUCGUCUCGUUCGCGCUAAUACAUGUACGAACAAGCCCGAGCAAAAUGAACGCGCAAAUGAUAACUAACUGAUACCAGUUAUAUAUCGUUGUGAUGACAAAUGUAAGUACGUUCGAAUUGACCUGUUGAAUUUAAAACAAAAUGAAUGGCAUUAUGGAAUUACAAUGUGGUUAGUUUCGCGUUUUAAAGUGACUAAUAUCUGCAGCUUGGUUCCAAAAAAUAAUUUGGCUUUAAAAGUUUGAUGAAUCUGAAGAAAUAUGAAUCUGCAGUGUUAGCUUAAAUAUAUGUCAUCAUCAUCAUCAUCAUCUCAGCCUAUAUACGUCCCACUGCUGGGCACAGGCCUCCUCUCGAGCGCGAGAGGGCUUGGGCUAUAGUCCCCACGCUAGCCCAAUGCGGAUUGGGGACUUCACAUACAACUUUGAAUUUCUUCACAGAUGUAUGCAGGUUUCCUCACGAUGUUUUCCUUCACCGAAAAGCGACUGGUAAAUAUCAAAUGAUAUUUCGUACAUAAGUUCCUAAAAACUCAUUGGUACGAGCCGGGGUUUGAACCCGCGACCUCCGGAUUGUAAGUCGCACGCUCUUACCGCUAGGCCACCAGCGCUCUAAAUAUAUGUACAGCAAGUAUAUUAAAUGCUCUCUAUAGGAAUUACUGCCGAUGGUUAAUAAAGUACAUAUUUAAAGCUUAAUUUUGAAAUACCAAUUUAUUGAGUAGUGA